GUCACCAGUUCCAGUUACUAGGAAUGGUAACUGGUCACCAGUUCCAGUUACUAGGAAUGGUAACUGGUCACCAGUUCUUUUUACCAGUUACUAGGAACAAUGAGAACUGGAACUGUCCCACCCCUACUAUUUGGAUCAUUCAUAGCAUGUAAAACUUUAGUUCUUGAUGAAAAGUCAAUCAAUUGACUUUAAAAUUUGACUUGAUCAAUAAGGAAAUAUCUCGAACUAAUAACUAAAGAAUUCCAAUAGAAUGAUUAAUAUUCGGUAUAAUUCUUUUGUAGACUGGUCUUUCGUUUCAUUUUUUAGAUGUACCGAUUAAUCAAGUUUUAAUAAGUUUAGUUGUGACAAUGGGAAAAGUUCAUAGACGAAAAAUGGCUCAGAAAUUUCUUUACCAUGUUAAUCGAAAAAAAUUAUGGCAAAAAGAAAAACAAAAACGUCUAGUCCGUGUUCAAAACUGUACAUUAAUUCGGGAUAAUUGGGAUGAUAAAUUAUCCGUGAUGAAUAAUUAUGCGGAGUUUUCUCUUGUACAUGAUGUUAAUAAAGCUUUUCCCAUACCAAAAACAAAACAAUUAAUAGAUCCAAAUCAUGAUAAGAAGAAAAUUGAAAAAAAGAAAAAGGUGCCAGAUAAAAUUCAUAUACGAGAAGAAAUGGAAGAGGAUGCAAACACUGAGAGAGUCAAAUCAUUAAGAAUAUCUGAUCCAAAUCGAUUAUUUUGUAUUUAUAUGUUAGAAAAAUAUGGUACAAAUUAUCUAGCAAUGUCAAAAGAUCAUCGAAACGAUUAUCAAGAAACACCAAAACAAUUAGAACGAAAAAUGAAAAAAUUUAUGAAUGUUAAAAAAGCAUAUCAAAAAUAUUUAGAUGAGAAAAAAGCGGGCAGAGAUUUUUUAUCCGAGUUCGGAAUGAACGAUUGA